AUGUGGGAACGUGGAAGACAUUUAUCUGCAGCAGUUGAUAGAAGAUAUUGUUUUUCUCUCGAUGAUUUGAAGUUGUCUCUACAAAUAUAUCCGUUAUUUAAUACUGGUACAAGAAUGGGGAAAGGAAAAGGCAAAUUAGAUUAUUGGGCGUCAAAAUCAAUUGCUGGUCAGGUGCUACUUGAGUUUAAUUGUGAUAACGACUCAUUAGCUCGACAAGCAUUUAAACAAGUGAAAGCCAAACUACCAGUACGACUUCAUUUGCGUAUGAAACCAAAGCAACCAAAAAGAGUGUUAACUGCUGAUGAACUCUUAGCUAUGGUGCAAGAGGAUAAGGAACGAAAUGAAAGACUGCAAACACAACAACCAAACUGGACACAAAGAUGA